AUGUAUUUUGAGGAUAAAUUAAAACUUUUAUUGUCAUCACGCCAUUUUUUAAUCUAUAUUUUUACUAAUGAAGAAGAAAGAUUAGAAAACACAGUUAAUAAAAUAGCUAAAAAUGAAUAUCCAAGUAAUGUAUACUAUUGGGAUUUUAUUGAUGGUUUCCAAAAUAAUCCUAAUUAUGCAGAAAAAUCAAGAAGAAAUCCAUUGCAGGCUCUUCAUUUAGUUGAAAGCCUAGAUACUUCUAUACCUUCUAUUUUUAUAUUUAAAGAUUUUCAUGUAUUUAUAAAUGAUACUAGUAUUAUACGAAAAAUUAAAAACUUGUUUAGAAAAUUAAAAAAUUCUAAGAUACAUAUCUUAAUUACUUCUUCAGAAAUUCAGGUACCACAGCUAUUAAGAGAUAUUAUAACGGUUGUAGAAUUUCCAUUACCUAACGAAGAAGAAAUAGCUAUUGAAUUAGAACGUAUAUUUAGUGUAAUGAAAACAGUUCCUUAUGUAAAAAUUGAAGAUUUGGCUAUAGCAUAUAAAGGGAUGUCCAUAGAACUCAUUCGUAGAUCAAUUACUAAACUUAUUUUUGCUAGUAAAUCUAAUAAAAAAAUAAUGGAAAUAGUCUCAAAAGAAAAGCAGCAAUUGAUACGUCAGACUGAUCUCUUAGAUUUUUAUCCAGUUAGUAAUUCUUUAGAUGAUAUAGGUGGUUUAUUUUAUUUAAAACAAUGGUUAAAAAAAAGAUCAAAUGCUUUUUCAAAACAAGCACAAACCUAUGGCUUGCCAGCACCAAAAGGUAUUUUAUUAGUAGGUAUUCAAGGUACGGGUAAGUCUUUAAGUGCAAAAGCUAUAUCAAAUCAGUGGAAUAUACCAUUACUAAAGUUAGAUGUUGGAAAAAUAUUUGGUGGAAUAGUUGGUGAAUCAGAAAAUAGAAUGAGAAAGGUUAUUAAAAUAGCAGAAAAUUUAGCACCUUGUGUGUUAUGGAUUGAUGAAAUAGACAAAGCUUUUAGUCGUACUAAUUAUAGUACUGAUAGUGGUACAACUAAUCGAGUGUUGAGCUCUUUUUUAACAUGGCUAUCGGAAAAAACAAAGCAAGUCUUUAUUGUAGCAACAGCUAAUCAUAUAUUACAUCUUCCUACUGAAAUGUUGAGAAAAGGUAGAUUUGACGAAAUUUUUUUUCUAGAUCUGCCAAAUUAUAAAGAGAGAUGUAAUAUAUUUCAAAUACAUUUAAUUAAAAUUAGGCCACUAACUUGGAGUAAUUAUGAUAUCCAAUCUCUAAGUGAAUUAACACAGAGUUUUUCAGGAGCAGAAAUUAGGCAGUCAAUAAUAGAAGCUAUGCAUAAUGCAUUUUAUGAAAAAAGAGAUUUUUGUACAGAAGAUAUAAUUGAUGUAAUACAUGAAUUUAUACCUUUAGCGUUUACUGAUAAUACUAAUAUUUCGUAUUUGCAGGAAUGGGCUAAAUCAGGCAAAGUUAGAUUGGCUUCUAAGUAA